AUGCCGGCCUGCGUUCAGGAUGUGAUGAAGGAGUGGGACUUGGACCGGAGUGGAAGCGUGAGCGUUGUCGAGCUGUCCGCAGCGGCUAACGCACACAAGAAGGUCAAGGAGGAGGGCCGCGUCAUGAAGAGGAUCAUUCUUGGCCUUGCGGCAGUCAUCCUCCUUCUCUUGACUGGCACCUUCAUUUUGUCCUACCUGGCCGUGGACAUGUCCAAGGAGAUGCGUGGCCAAUCGGAUGGAGUCAUGAAGAACAACGACGGUGAGACUGUCAAGGUGGACAGCUCCUCCUUCCAAGUCCAAGCGGAUGGCACCGUGGUCACCCGCGGCAGCGUCACACCAUCCUGCCCGGCAAACACCACCUGUCGCCGCCUGGAGAGCAGUUCACCAAUCCUCCAGGUGGCUCAGAGCAAGCAGGGAAAGGUGUUGACCUCCACACUGCCGGACUACGUUUUCAAGAACCUGGACAUGGUGACCGUGAGCGCUGAGCCACACUUCGUGCAGCUUAAGGUCGUCAGCAUGAAGCGGGUCCAGAUGCGUUCGAGCAAGUGUGGCUCCGUUGUUCAACUCCACACCGAGGGUGGGGUUCUGACCAUCGAUGACACCACCAUGUCUGCCGACGAGCAGCUGACAGAGUACGUGGACGAGGUUCUGGGACACUUGCUUGAGGAGGAGGGCCCCUUGGGUCGCCGCCUCCAGCAGGGCUUCCUUGAAGGCUUCUUCACUCUCUUGGAGGAUGUCGAGUGGGAAUGCACGAGCGUGCCUCUACCCAACCCGGAGGACAUCCCGCUCAACUACCGUGCCAAGAUGCAUGUGAAAGAGCUCUUGAAGAAGCCCGAGGUUUCGACCGAGCAGUUUUACUCUCAAUUCGCCAAGGAAAGCUUUGGCGUCAAAACGCCGUUUCUCAAAGCAGGCUUCUCGCACAACGCAACUUCGGGUGCAUAUUACCUCGAGUGGGACGAAGAUGUCUUGGUCUUUCCUGGGCUCCGGGUCGCAGCAAAGACCUUUGACAUGCACCCUCUUCAGCGAAAGCUUGACAUUACCUCUGGUGCUGCUCGUGCUUUCGUGGAUGCCAUGGACGGAACAGGUCAUCAUUGCAUGCUGUCAGCGGAAGAAGUCUCUAUGUCCCUGGGCAAGUUGGUUACGCAAGCAACUGGCUUGAGGCUCGUCGUCCUGAAGCAAGAGAAGGGCAAGGUGCUCCGGCAAUGGCGGAUGGACGUGGGCGGCGCAAUGAACGACCCAAUGAGCACAUGGCUUGAAAAGUAUGGCCUGGUAGAUAACAUUACGUUGGACUACUUCGACAUCGACACCGAUCCAAGUGGAAGCUUUCAGGCUGGACAGCCAUACCGAAUCGAGGCUCGUUCCGCUGCCGGUGACUACCACGUCGUGGUGCAGUACCUGUCGCUUACUCCGGUGGACGUGAUGGAUGUCGAGGGGGCGCUGCAGGCGUUCAACGUCAACCAGCUCUCUGCGGCAUGCGAAGUGGACCCGAUUGUGGCACAGAUGUCGGGCACUGCGAACCAAGCACUCAUCCAGGAGAUUGAGAAGCUUCCCGUGGUGGCUUCUGCGAAGGUGCCCAGAAACGAUUACGUCACUGAGUGGCCCGGGAAUUUGAAGUUCUAUUCGCAGAAGAUGAUUGAGCUUGCUGCUGCGGGGAACCUCGACGAGGACGACUUGUCUCCAUACUGGAAAGCCAUCGUGUCGAACAACCGCAUCCAGAGCUACCUCGGAGAAAUGGAGACCGAGAUCACGGGGGGGGACACUGUGUAUCAGCUUUGCCCCGACAGGACCGGUGGCCUCAGCAUCACCUUGGAGGUGGCAUAUUCCAACAGCACGAACAGCAUCCUUGGCGGAAUCGAGUCCCUGAAAGCCACGGGCUUGGGCAGUGUCACGCUUCCUGCGCAAAACCUUGCCGGAAAUUCCAUCGACAUCAGCGUGGAGAUUUCCGCAGCCUCGAAGGUUGGGCCCUAUGCCAGGAAGUGCGAAGUGCAGGAGGGCACUGGUGCCGCAGGCAUCGCACAGCAGAUCCAGCCCGCCUUCAUGAUCAGCUUCUGCCUAACCGAGGACUUCGACGUGAUCACCUUCGACUUUGCAUUGUGGGCCAAAGAGACGGGUGCGGAAACCUUCGCAGCAACUUCAACUUUCCACAAGAUGAGUCUGAUGGACCUGACGACGAAUUCUCGGAAAAUCGCUCUUGACCCUUGCAUGAUUGGAUCUCGAUUCCGGGUUGUCUCCCGCUAA